GUGUUUUACAAAUCAAUCAAUACGCAGAUUCGCUGCCUCUGCACGUUCCAGAAGCGUACCUUAUAGAAGGGAUGAUGAUAUAAAAGAAAUGCAACGGAAGAAAUAUUCCACUCUGUAAGAAAUAGUAGAUGGGCUGACAGAUUGGUGAAUCAGUUGGAAAAUUAGUAGCCUAAGAAAAUUAGACAAUCCUCUAUUUAUUGCUAUCACUUUUAUGAGCAGUGAAACAAAGUGAGUAAGAAUCGAUAGGACUACAAAAAUAAUGAAAGUUUCUGCUGUUGUGAUUUUUGCCGUUUUUCUUUUACUUUUGGACACUGUAACCUGCCAGUGGAGCUUCAACAAAGGGGGCUCAUGGGGCAAAAUGUACGCGAGAAAGCCUGGAGGCAAGAGGGAUGGGGAACUGUCGCCUGGCUUCAAAUUCCAACAAAGAGACACACCUUCUUCCAUGCAAAAUAGAAUUAACGAUGCUAUGCUUGUCGAAGAAAUAUACCAAUUUAUAAAGGCACAGCAGAACAAACGAGGCUUCUGUGAUGAUGCAAUACUCAGGAACAUUUUACCAAACGUAUGCAACUAAAAGAGCAACCAGUGUUGACUAAUUACGUUGUCUUCACUUCGAACCCCUCAAUUUUCAACAAAGAAACAGCUUCAACCUUGUAAGUGACGGAGAAGUUAAUGAACUCGAAAAAGAUCCGAACUCACGACAUCUUGGGCAGCUACAACACGACUUUGCCAGAACUGACGGAUAUGUGUAUUUGGGAGUUGUUAACUCAUGUUUUGGACGUUUUAUUGAAGUAAUGAAUUCGAUCAAUUAUACAUUUUGAAAUUUGUUGAAAUAUGAAAAUGUUAUAUCGAUUGAAAUACAGAUAUAAGAUAAAAAAGCAUAAAAA